CAGUGUUGUUGCAAUUAGGCCUGCACGAUAAAUCGUUAUAAAAUCGCGAUCUCGAUUCACCCUGUUCACGAUUUAAUUUUUAAAUGACUUCGUUUAAAAAAAAUCAGCCUUUAUUUUGAAAGGACCGCUCUCACAGGGCUUCACCCUCAGCCAAUGACAAAGCACCUUUUAGUCUCGUGUUUCACUCGUCGAGCGAGCGCGGUAGUUCACAAAAUAAACUAAAUGGAUAUUGAUGAAAACCCAGGUCCUUUUGGCGAGAAUCAGCCAACCACUCAGUCUCAACUUGUUCCGAAAAAAGGCUCGCAUUCGGUGGUGUGGAAGUAUUUUGGAUUCAAGCAAGAAGACCAGGGUCAAUCUGGUGUGAUUUGCAAGGUGAUCUGCAAGGUGAUUCUGAUGCGGUGGUGUUCCCUCAGGACACAUGAUGAGGUCCAUGGUGACCCUCUCGAGACCCCAAUCUCUCCAGAACGCUCUUCAUCUCCAGGUCAGAGACGUCUGGAUCGAUCUCCCCAACACCAUGAGUACACCCAGCUCAGACAAGGGGUUUCUUCUAUGGAGACAACGGUGAGAAACACUGAUCAUGCCAUGGCUUUCAUGAAUGAAACUGUUGAAAAACUACUUAAAGAUACCGCUAACCACAACGGGAGGAUUGUUGCGCUGGAAAAGAAGACCAUAGAUCUGAGAGAGGAAAACACACAACUCAAACUUCAACUGCUGGAGGCGAACAGCUAUCGACGAAGAUGGGGGCUGAGACUGCAGGGGAUGAAGGAGGAAGAUCAACAGGAAAACACUCGGGAUAUGGUGAUCAACAUCCUUGGCAAGAUCUCUCCGAAAAUUGCUGGAAAGCUACCGGAGGUGGUGGAUUCCGUGCACAGAAUUGGAAAGAGGAAAGACGGUAACACUGCGAGAAGCAUAAUCAUUCAAUUCAGCAUGCGUCACUGUCGCGAUAUCGUAUGGAGAGAUGCAAAAGGCUCCAAGUUUCUGGAGGACGCCCAUCUCCGUCUAAAAGAAGAUUUGUCACCUGAUGAAAGAGCGGUUCGGGCCAAAGAAAGCCAGAGAAGAAGGUAAAAGAGCGUCAUUCACAGGUGCCUUUGCUUACAUUGAAGGUAAAAGGGUUAAUGUUGACGUUUAGUUACACUGAGUGACAAUGGACACAAACUGAUAGUUGUUUGAAGUUCAUUAGACAUUUCAUAAUCCCUAACAACUCACAAUGUGAUUGUUCUAAUAUUUGUUGACAUCUUGUUGCAUGUAAGAUCCCGAUGGGUCUAUUUAUUUCUUUGUUACGAGAAACUUAACCUUAUUUGGGAGGUCCUUUUUCUCUUUUAUUUUUAUUUAUUUAUUUUUUUUCCUUAUUCUUUCUGUUGGAUGACAGCUUUUAAUUUUGGGAGAUUAGAUCUUAUUUCUCUUAAUGUUAGAGGACUAAGGGAUAUCGAUAAAAGGAAGGCUUUAAACAAAGGGAGGCUCAGAUUAUUUUGUUUCAGGAAACUCACUCUUGCGAUAAUGAUAUAAAGUUUUGGAAGUCACAGUGGGGUUUUUUGGUCAUGGAACAAACCAUUCUGCAGGGGUCGCUAUUUUCCUCAAUAAAUUGAAAGGUGAUAUAGUGGAGAUAAUUUAUUCUGGUGAAGGGAGAUGGAUUAUAAUAAUAUUAAAUAUUGACAAUACGAAUUUUAUCAUUUGCAAUGUUUACGGUCAUAACAAAAACAUCUUAAAUGUAUCUAUGUUUAAAAAACUUACUUUGAUACUUAUAAAUCUAAAAAGUAAACACACAGAUGCUUAUUUAUUGAUAGGAGGAGACUUUAACGAUACCCCACAUGACUCUGUGGAUAGAUACCCCUCAAAGAACAGUACAUCUAAGGUUUUUGAGUUGCUUUGUGAUGACUUACAGGUCACUGAUGUUUGGCACUUUUUACAUCCUCUUGAUAAGGAAUAUACCUGGACAAAUAAUGCUCUUACUCGUAAAUCUCGAAUUGAUUUUUGGCUCCUUUCUACUAAUGCAGUUCAUUUUGCUUUGGAUACUUUGAUUACUUAUGCUCCUUUAUCUGAUCACAAAUUAAUCUUAAUUUCUUUAAUUAGCAAUACAAAUAGUUGUAAAAGAAUUCGUGGGUAUUGGAAAUUUAAUAAUAAGUUACUUUCAGAUACAAAAUUUGUAGAUUGUGUUAAAAAAACUGCUUCUAAGAUGGGAAUUUUUCAAAUUUAAAGUUAGACAACUGGCAAUGCGUCGAGGUAAAGAACUUAAAAGGGUUAAUUCCCAAAGAUGUCAAGUUCUUCUUAAUGAUCUUGAAAAGUUAUUGUCUAAAGAAAAUCUUAGCACAGAAGAGGAAACUUAUUUAUCUGAUUUGCGAAAUGAAAUAGAUGAUCUUUACCUUGAUUUAGCCAAAGGUGUCUUUAUAAGAUCCAGGGCUAAAUGGUUGGAAAUGGGUGAGAAAAAUACCAGCUAUUUCUUUUCUUUGGAAAAAAGAAAUAUAAAAAGAAACUCUGUAACGGCUUUAAGAAUUGAUGGUAAUAUUAACAAAAAACCCUCUGAAAUAAAUAAUUAUGUAUAUUCUUUUUUUAAUAAAUUAUAUAGUUCAAAUUAUAAUGUAAAUUAUGUGAAUUCCUUUCUUCAAAAAAUUAAACAUUACAUUCCAGUAAUUUCAAAUGAGUUUAAAACGGUUUGUGAAAAGGACCUUACUGUAACCGAACUUACUAACGCAAUGCAGUCUAUGAAGAAAGGCACAUCCCCUGGCUCAGAUGGCCUAACCAUUGAGUUUUAUUCACACUUCUGGGAAACUAUCAAGAUGCCACUACUCAGAAUGUACAAAGAUGGUAUUAUUAAUGAAGAAUGAAGUACUUCUAUGAAACAAGGGCUCAUCGCCCUAAUGCCAAAACCAGAUAAAGAUCUUCUCUCACUUGACAAUUGGAGGCCAAUCACAUUACUACAUUUAGAUUAUACAAUUAUGUCAUUAGUUUUUGCCAGAAGACUAAAAACUGGUUUGUCUGAAAUAAUUAAUGAAACACAAACAGGUUUUAUGCCUAAACGACAUAUAAGCUGUAAUAUAAUACUGUAAUUUUAGAUCUCAUAGAUUAUUCACAUCAUAUUAAUUCGGAUGCAAUCAUACUAUUUCUAGACUUCUACAAAGCGUUCGACACUAUUGAACAGACAUUUCUUUUCUUGACAUUAGAGUUGUUUGGCUUUGGUGAUAACUUUAUCAAAUGUGUUAAAAUGAUAUAUAAGGACAUCAAUAGCUCGGUUCUUUUACAAUCUGAUACUUCUAAUAGAUUUCCUGUUAGCAGGGGAGUGAGGCAAGGUUGUGGAAUCUCUCCUUUCUUGUUUGUGUUGUUUGAGGAACUACUCUCUCUGAGUAUUCGCAAUAAUCCUGAUAUUAAAGGGGUGUCCAUUUUUGGCCGUGAGAUAAAAAUUUCACAACUUGUGGAUGAUACAACCCUGUUUUUAGAGGAUACAAAUCAGGUUGGUAAGGCUCUUGAAACAAUUAAUGCAUUUUCAGAGGCGUCUGGUCUAACUUUAAAUAUUCCUAAAUGCGAAAUUCUUUGUUUAUCUGACUCUCUUGAAACUUCUGUGAAUAAUAUACCCAUUAAAGAUAAUGUUAAAUAUCUUGGUAUUCAUAUCUCAAAAAAAAAUAUCUCUUAGACAAGAUUUGAAUUUUCUUCCUAAAAUUAAAAAAGCUAAAACAAUAUUUAACAAUUGGCUUCAAAGAGAUUUAUCUUUUCUUGGUAGAGUUCUUUUAAUAAAAGCUGAAGGUCUAGCUCGUUUUAUAUAUCCAUCUUUUUCAUUAUUUGUCCAUGGAAAUACCUGUAAACAGAUUAAUUGCUUAUUAUUAAGUUUUUUUGGAAAAACAAACAUCAGUAUCUGAAGAAACAGGUUUUAUGUGGUAUAAAAGCUGAGGGAGGUUUUGAAAUGCUUGAUUUGUUCAAUGUUAAUAAUACUUUCAAAUUGAAUUGGGUAAAGAGUUGUGUCAGUUUCCCAGAGUCUAUUUGGUAUUUUAUCCCACACAAUAUCUUUUUCAUAAAAGUGGGUGGGUUUAAGUUUUUGCUCACCUGUAAUGUCUCUCCUUCUAAGCUCCCUAUAAAACUCUCUAAAUUCCACGAACAGGCACUGUUGGCAUGGAAACUUUCCCCACAUAAAGUAAAGCUAUGGAAUAAUGAAACUAUUCUUGCAAAGAACAAGUCAAUUUUUUUUAAUAAUUGGCAUGAAAAGGGAAUUGAUCAUCUUUGUGAUUUGUUAGACCCACAAGGGAAUUUUUAUUCUUAUAAUGAUUUCAUGUCCAAACAUAAUUUCCCUGUCAUUCAUAAGGAAUUUCUUACCAAAUGGUCUUGUUCAUCUAAUGAAAUGUCAUUUAUCAUUUGAAGAGAUUGUAAAGAGUGAACAGAUAUUUCUGAUUGAAGACAAGAGUAUUUACGACCCAAAAUGUAGUAAUAAAAUUAUAAGAAAUGUGUUUCAGUCAAGAAAACGAAUUACCCCGAGGGGGAAAUUUUUUUGGAAUUCUCUGAUAGAAAAUAUUAGUUGGAAAAAAGCAUGGCUCUUGCAUUACAAAUUUUGUAUCCCCAACAAGGUGAAAGAACUACACUUAAGAAUUUUGCAUAAUAUAUAUCCCACUAAUGAAAUCACAUAUAAAUUUGGUCAUGUUAAUUUGAAAUGUAAUUUCUGUAAAAGCAAUACUGAGUCAAUUGAUCAUCUUUUCUUUAAUUGUUCCCUUGUUAAUCAAUUUUUGAUGGAAUUGUCAAAACUCUUUGUUUCAAAACUAAAAUUAGAUAUUGAUUUUGUAAUGAGAGAUGUAAUUUGUUUUUUUUCUCACUGUAAUCAUAAAAUAGAAUAUAUUGGAAACAUAUUUAUUCUUUUGGCAAAAUACUUUAUUCAUAAAUGCAAGUUUGCUCUAAGAGUACCCAAAUUAAUUUUCUAUGUGACUUCAACUACUUAAUUAAGACACUGAAAAUAAUUAAAAACAAAAAAAGUGUGAAACUUUUGAAACUGUAUGAUGUUUUGUUGAGUGAAAUGUAAUUUGAUGUAAUGGUUUCAUUGUAUAUUUAUU